AUGGCGGAGGCCGUGAAGCCCCGGAGCCGGGCGAAGAGCAGCCGGGGCAGAGCCAAGGAAAAAAAGAAAAAACAUGAAGAGGAGGAGAAAGCUGAGGCUGGGACCUUUCUUUCCAGAGCGGCUCAGUCGCAAGAAGGAUUCGCCUAUGUCCGAGAGGAACGCCUUGCAGAGGUCCGGCUCCAGAAUAAAACUAAUGAGAGAGAAGAUGUGAACAAUGCGUAUGAUGUUCCACUGAUUGCGUCAGCCCCAGUAAAUGAAGGAUCCCCGGGUGAUACUCAAACAAAGCUUCCAGCACAGAUGGAAAAAUCUAGUGUAAAGGCUUUGGAGGAGGAGGAGGAGAAUGUUGUAGAGAAAUCAACCGGUCCUCUAAAUCUUCCUGCAGCAUCCCUUGGGGAAACAACGACUUUUGGCCUAACAGAGAGCACUAUACCUUGCGUACCUUUACCUGCCAAAGAUGAGCAGGAGCAAGAAGCGGAGAAUGUACAAAACCCUCUUGUGAAAAACCCCGUUGUCUGUUCUUCAGAAGAAGCUCUCGUCACCGCCUCGGCCCCCACCGAGGACGUCAAGGAACACGUUGGGGCCUCCAAGGGGCUCUAUCCCGAUCUAGCGCUAGAGCUGUCCCGAGAGCGACCUCCGGUGCUUGCCCUCAAACCGCAGCUCCCAAGAGGGAGGCUUUAUCCUGCGAUCCCCCGGGAGCCGGAGCUGGUGCCUUUUACCAGAGAGCAGCUGAAGCUCUUUGAGCCCGGCUCCUGGCUGGAGAACGUUGAGGCCUACGUGGAGGAGUUUGAGAGUGUCGCGCGGCAAGACCGGCAUGAGUUCUACGAGCUGCUGCUGAACUACUGGCGCUGCCGGAAGCAGCUGCUGCUGGCCGAGGUAAAACUGCAGGAGUUGUCCUCGGAUUGCCGAAGCAUCAGAGAUCGCCUCUGGACCUUUAAGGAUGAGCAGCAGUCUGCCCAGGGGGUCUGUGCCGACCAGUGCAAAGUUUCCGGCCUCCACCGUUACCAGACCGUCAAGGUGAACGUGGGUGCCCUGGGGGAGCUGAAGCGGCUGUUCGAAGAGCAAGCGGAGCACGUGCACCAGACGCUGGCCCUGCACUUGUACACCUCUGUGCUGUCCCGCCUGCAGGUGGAGUCUUACAUCUACGGGCUGCUCUGGGGCUCUCCCCUCCUGAGGUCUGCCGGAAUACAGCAGCAAGAGACAGUUCUGAAACAGCCAGAAAAGGGCUCCGCAGACUUGGGUCCCUUGAAAGAAUGCAUCAGCGUUCUCUUCAGUUUUACCCGCAGGGUUGUCGAAGAUUCGCAGUUCCAGAGUGACAUUCUCUUGUGGCUCCAGAGGCUGGUUUCAGUCUUGCAAAGGGUCGGCUCGCCCGGAGACCACCUCUUCCUCUUGAACCACAUCCUUCGGUGCCCAGCAGGUGUCAGCAAGUGGGCAGUUCCCCUCAUUCAGAUUCGGGUCCUGGGAAACCCAUUGGGAGUCUUUCAUUUCAUGCAGUCCCUUGCAUUGCUCAUGUCUCCUGCCAAAGGUCGAGCAGAAUUUAUGUGCCACAUGAAGCCGUGUGAACGGCAGACUUCCUCAUCAUCCGGGCCGGAAUCUGGAAAUUGGACUUUAGUUGAUGAAGGAGGAGAAGAGGAUGAAGACCCUGAUACCAGCUGGGUCCUUCUUCUUGAAGAUGACUUGAUUGCCCUUCUGUCUCAGUUCCCCUUCCAUGAACUCUUCCAGCAUAUGCUCAGAUUUGAUAGUAAAGGUGUUUAUUCUCCUGAAAAGACAACACCACAUGAGAUGAUGAAGAUCUUUGCAUUCGCCAGUUCGUUAGUGGAGCUUCUCGCUGUGGGGCUGGAAACGUUUAACCGGGCGCGAUACAGGCAGUUUGUGAAACGCAUUGGCCGCCUCAUCAGGAUGACACUUUGCUAUGUCAGUGAUCACUGGGCCCAGUACGUCAGCCGUGCCAAGAGCUCCAGCUUGGCUGGGCCCCCUUACUCCGUUGAGAAGCUGCAGGUGGAAUUCGACGAACUCUUUCUGAGGGCCGUCCUCCACGUACUGAAGGCCAAAAGGCUGGGGGUGUGGCUCUUCAUGUCGGAGAUGCCGUACGGAACCCUCUCCAGUGGAAUGCUCUGGAAGCUCUUCUCCACCAUGCACCACGCGGAAAGCGAGAACCUGGAGAAGCUUCAUGCCACCAUGCACCUUGCCGACUGCAGGCGGGAACUCGAAGACCCGGCCCACCUGGAGAGGUUCACCGCAUACCUGCAGUCGAUGAAUGGCUCGGAGGAAAUCUGCCUGCUGACGACGUUUGCCCAGAUGGCGCAGAACAAGCGGGAGGACGCAGACGAAGAUUUCAUCCGAGUCAUCGUGUUGGAGAUCUACGAGGUGUCCUACGUCAGCCUUUCCACAAGAGAGACGUUUUCAAAGGUUGGCCGGGAGCUCCUCAGCGCCAUAACGGCUGUCCACACCGGCAUGAUUUCUGUCCUGCUGGACCGAGUCCGAGAGACCAUAGAAACGGUCGGCAUGGUUUCCCUUUAUUUAUUUAAAGAACUCCCGAUGCAUCUCUGGAAGCCGUCCGCUUCAGAAGUGGCCCUGAUCCGCAGCUGGCUGCUGGAUUACAACUUGACGGCUGUCGAGAGCAAGCUCGCCUGCAUCAUUCUGGAAGGGCUGAACUGGGGACCUGGUGAGGACGGUUGCCUUCACCUCGACCCAGCCGUCCAUGCAGAAGUUGCUCUGGCUGUCUUGGAAGCCUAUCAGAAGUAUCUUCCUCAGAAACCGUACAGCGGAUUGAUCUCCGAAAGCAUCAAGCAGGUCUCCUACCUGACCAGCGUCAUUCGGUACGGAGAGACGCCUGAAACCUCCUUCAACCAAUGGGCGUGGGGGCUGGCGCUGAGGUUAAAACUGCACGCCAACGAUCACGGCAUGCAACAGCAAGGCUGGCCUGUGGUUCCCGUCUCCCGGCCGGUGCCUGAGCUGGCGGAAUCGCCUGCGCUACACCCGCUGCUGAAGGCCGUCAGAGCGGGUCUCCCCAUUGGCUGUUAUCUGGCGCUGGCCAUGACAACUGUGGGACACAGCAUCGAAAAGUUCUGUGCUGAAGGGAUCCCUCUCCUGGGCGUCCUGGUGCAGUCACGGCAUCUGAGAACUGUUGUUCACGUGCUAGAUAAAGUCUUGCCCCUCUUCUAUCCUUGCCAGUUUUACCUGCUGAAGAACGAACAGUUUUUGUCGUACCUCCACCAGUUUCUUCAGCUGGAUAGCGGCGUUCCCCAAGGGAUGACCCAGCAGGUUACCCGCACGGUGGCCCAGCAUUUGACGGGGACGAGCUACGGUGAAAACAUUAAGUUGCUCAACAGCAUGAUCCAGAGUCAAGUCUUCAAAAGCAGCCAUCCUAACGGAGUGGGGCCGGCCGCUGUGCUGGAGUUCUGGGUUCAGGUCCUCACCAGCCAACCGGCCUGGCACAAGGAGAGAGCCACGCUGUGCCUGAUGGAUCAUCUGUGCCAGGCAGCGUUCCAGUUUAACCAAGAGGACUGCGUCCAGAAGCUGCUUUACCAGCAGCACAAGAAUGCCUUGGGCUACCACUGUGAUAAGGGGCUGCUGUCUUCCUUAGUCAGCUGGAUUGUAGCAGGCAACGUUACGCCUUCGUUCAUCGAGGGAAACGCCAACUCUGCGGAGGUUUGGUUCGCGUGGACCGUUUUGAACAUGGAGUCCAUAUUCGAAGAGGAUUCCCAGCUUCGUCGAGUUGUGGAGAAGGAGUUAGUCAUCAACUCUUUGACUCCUGAUCAGGCCCUGAAGAAAGCCCAGGCCCAGCUGAAGCUGCCUGUCGUGCCAUCUCUUCAGCGGCUCUUGAUAUAUCGCUGGGCGCAGCAGGCCCUGGCCACGCCUGAGGAUCACCCCCUCCUGCCGCUCAUCUGGCAGAAAUUUUUCCUCCUCUAUCUUCAUCGCCCGGGACCACAGUAUGGGCUACCCGUAGACGGCUGUAUCGGGAAAAGGUUUUUCCAAAGCCCUACUCAGCUUAGCCUCUUAAACGACCUCAAGCAGCGCUUGAUAGAGGCGGCGGACUUCCACCACGCUGCCAGCAAGGUUCUCCGGCCGACGAGCCCGGCGAACUGCAGUGAAAGCGCUGCGGAGAAAGGGUGCAGGAAGCCGGACCGCCUGACCUCUCCGGAGCUGCACAAGGAGUUGGUCAGGCUUUUUAACGUGUGCAUUUUGUGGCUGGACGAAGAGAGCUUUCAGAAAGGGGACACAUAUAUCCCCUCCUUGCCGAAGCAGUACGACGCCCACAGGCUUGCCAAAGUCAUGCAGAACCAGCAGGACUUAUGGAUGGAGUUUGUCAACAUCGAACGCAUUCAGCACGACUUCGAGGAAGCGAUAAACUUCUGGCUUCAGGUCAGAGUGGAAUCUCACGCGGCCCCGAGUACCCUGUCGGCGCAAAUAGACUUCACUGACCCUUUGUCGGCCAAAGAGAGAAUCAUCAGCAAUCUGCAGAAGUACGACGCGCCCCAGCCCUCUCUCCCCCUCCAGCCGAUGAAAGCCCCCGUGCCUGUGCUUUCUCCCUCCAGCUUAGUGAAUCCGAACGAGGCCAAAGAGCUGGUUCGUGCCAACCUCAGCAUUUUACAGCACCAUGCCAAAACUGCAGUGAUCCGAGAAUCCCAACAAGUUGCUUUUAACAGUGAGAUACUGGACACUUUGCCAAAGCUUUACACCAACAGAGAAGAACAAGUGGUACUUCAUCUGGAAUGUCGGGGCAGUUCUGGGAAACCUUGCCAAGGAGCGGCACUUGUGACAAUUCAGUUUGAAGGAAAGUAUAAAAACGAAGCCGUCGGCCAGCAUCUUCACGCCCUGAAGAAAGAAGUGAAGCUGCUGCUGGCGGAAGCCACGAAGCCCCCUUCUCUAGGUGUUGUGGAGGCCGCCGUGCACUUGGAGAACUUCAUCACAGCUUUAAUCAACCUCUAUAAGCGCCAGCCUGUGCCCGGGAUCCACAGAGUCGGGAUCAGUCUGUUCUUCGCGGUGGUGGGUUUUGUGAGCGACGAAACACAGCGCCACCCACCCACCAGGCAGUUCUUCAGCUCCUGCAUCGAGAUCCUCGGCCAAGUGUUCUUGGCCGGAAGCCAGUCGGAAUGCCAGCCCCUGCUGCGGACCAUUCUGAAGAACCGCCGGCUCUGCACCCUCCUCUCGCCUUACUUCACUCCUGUCGCUUCCCCGGAGGAGUUCGUGGACCUUUAUGAGCAAGUGGUCUCUUUCCUCGGUGACGACAACAGUGACGUCAUUUUCAUGCUGCUCACUAAGUUUGAUCUCCCACAGUGGCUGCAGGGUUCAAAACCCGCUCUGUCGGAGCGCACCAGGCUGCUGGAGGCCAUCCACUUGGCGCUCAAGACCUGCGGCUUUGAGCCCGAGGAGGACGUUUCGCUGCCUUACAAUCUCUUCUGCAAGCAUUGGGCCUGCCUUCUCCGGUACCAAUUCCCAGACCACUACAGCACUUUUCUCAGCCUGCUGAUGCAAAGUUCCUCGGAUCAGCUCCUGUGCCCUGACUGCUGGAAAGUGUCCCUUAGAGCCCUGGGUUGCUUCCCCACGGCAGCCCAAAAAGGUGCCGGGAAAGAGAAGGCCACGGAAAGCGCUGCGUUGCCGUCUUCUGCAGAGACUCUUCUGUCGACAGAACAGGUUGUGGAGACUGUAGAGUGGCUCUCUAAGUACUUCUUGAAGCUGCGCUUGUCUUCACGAGACUUUCGGACCUUCGGCUUGUUUUCGAAGUGGGCCCCCUACACUGCCCAGGUGAAGUGCUUCAUGGAGUAUCUCGUCCACCUGCUCAUCGACUCGGAGGCCGCUAACGUGGCACGGGAGCCGGUGGGCAGCGACGGUAUCCUGGCAGCUCUGGAAUCUUUGCAUUCGGUCCUUGCCCAGCUCUUUACUCCUUGGAUUCUGGUUCUACAGCAAGAAGAUGCAAGCAAGCAACCCUGUUAUCCAUGGCUGGAGAGCGACACACCUGCAGCUUCCCACAUGGUGCAGUUAUAUGCUGACAGCAUAGGGGUUCUCCACGAAAGUUUUAAAGAUAAGCUGCUGCCCAGCCAUCGGGGGGCGCUUUGGCUCCACCUGAUGCACUAUUGUCGCACCUGCACGGCCCCGAAAAUGCCCGAGCACAUUCUCUACACGCUCCACACCGAGUUCGGCCGCCUUCCUUGGAAGGAAAUGCAUCCGGACCCUCAACUUAUGGAAGAGUUUUUUAAAAUUGAAAGAGGCAGCCCAAAAAGCUGCUUCCUCUUCCUGGGCUCGGUUUUGUGUGAGGUCAACUGGGUGAGCGUCCUCUCGGGUGCCUGGCAUCCCGACCCACCUCCGGAGACUCUCAGCAUGAUCGUGUGCCUGCUGUACAUGGUGGUACUGCUGGCGAAGGAGCAGCAGCUGGUAACCAAAGAGGAAUCCCCGCUGCUUAAUCUCCUGGGACAGACCAGCUCCCUCCCCUGGCAGCUCAUCGGCAUUUUAUCCUACCAGAGCAUCAUCGGCUACUUGAACAGCCACUACCCUCCAUCUGUCAUCCUGGCCAAGGAGCCGGCGGCCGAGCUGAUCGUUCGGCUCCUGAAGGUGGCUGCAGGCUUUGGCGCCUUGUCCGAUGGCCACGUGCAUCUCGAUGCGACCCUCAAGUGCCGAGCCUACGUCCGCCAGACGGUCCAUUUCCUCAGCAUCCUGGAGCAGAAUGGGAAAAUCAGCCUGUCGGUCCUGGAGCAGGAGAUGCAGAAGCUGCUAGAUGACAUCGUCAUCUUCAACCCUCCAGAUGCGGACGUGCGGGCUCGCCACCUGGCCUUAAGCAGCCUCUUCACGGAAGCCCUGACGAUGCUGAAUAACGCCAGUGUUUCGACAGCCGAGUCUCUCCGGGUGGCCCUGCGGAACUGGAUCGGGGCCAGCAUGCGCGGCUUAGGGGUAAUGCCACUCCUGACAGCCGCCUGCCAGAGCCUGGCGUCGGUCCGGCAGAUGGCGGAGACCACAGAAGCCUGCGUCACCGCCUAUUUUAAUGAAGAUUCCCCGCUGAGCCAGGGCUUGGGUUGGGGCCCCAUCGUAGCCGCCUUGCAGGUGCCCGAGCUCACCGCCGAAGAUUUCCUGCAGGAGUGCCUUUCCCUAGGGAGCUACCUGACCCUCUACGUCUUCACGCUGCAGCAGCUGAAUGCCGAGCAGACCCUGGCCAAUGAAAUGAGGGUGCUGCUGACUCUGAGCAAGUGGCUGGAGGAGGUGUACCCCAGCUCUACGCAAGACGAAGCUAAGCUGUUCCUUUGGUGGCACAAAGUCCUGCAGCUCUGCCUCCUCCAAACCGAGCAAGACGACACCAUCCUGACAGAGGCGGUCAUCCGGACGCUAACCUCCUUACAAGGCCGGCAGUCCCUGCUGGCCGAAGAGAGGCUCACCUCCGGGAUACUCGGGGCUAUUGGCCUGGGCAGGAAAUCCCCUCUGUCAAACAGGUUUCGGGUGGUCUCUCGCAGUAUGUCGGCCUUCCUGUUGGUGCAAAUUCCUGAGGAGAAUCAGAUCCGGCUGCGGCCCGGCACAGAACUGCAGCUGUCCGCCAAAGCUCAGCAGGCGCUGCAUGCUCUCGACUCCCUGGCUUCCAACAAACACUACUCCGUGUACCAGGAGCAGAUCUCCCAGGCGUCCGGCUUUAUCAAGGACCCUCAGCGAUGCCUUCAUGACGGGGCCAAUCUGCUGGCAAUCCUCCUCAACACGCUCUACCCAGAAGUGCAUUACCUGGACGGAAUACGAUAG